AUGAGCAAACUGGGUCAGAUCAAGCCUGCCCAGCCCAUCCACACAGGUGAUACAUGCCAGGUGAGCCACCUCAUCUACAGUCAAACUGGGGGUGAGAGUUGUUUGCAUUUUGGACUGACUUGGCUUCUAACAACAGCAGGUGAGAGAUGGCAGGUUGGCAUGCCAUCCCAAAUCUUCUCAGGUGAGGAAUGGCCCUGAAGAGGCAACCGCCUUAAUACAUUGGAUAUUCCUGCCCUUCACUGGCCAUCUGCCAUCCCCCAGCGCCAUAACACCCUGUGCCUCUUAGAGGCCCUCAAGUUCUCCCUCCACUCAAACACAACCUCCACAAGCCGAAAUGCUUUCUAAUACCAGCCCUUCAACUAGCUGAGAAGCCAGCAAACCUCCAAGAAUGAAAUUAAUCGUGGUGGCACACAAGAGUUUGUGGUGCACCAUGUUUUUAUUGCUGUUUUUUUGCUCUGCUUUAUGCUGACAGGCACCUUGUGAAUCCUUAAGAGUUUAAAGGGGAAAAUAUGGGGAAACUUCCAAUAAACAAAAAAUAAAAUAAAUUUGAACCCGCCGGUGCCCAUAACUUUGAUACAGGCUGGGUGCGCCCUCUAAUGCCUGCUGCACCAACCUGCAGCUACAAAUCAAUUGGAACUCCCAACCAAAGGUGGCACCUCGGGUUGGCUGGCUAUUUAAAACCUUUUAACCUAUCAUUCCGUAUAAUUAAAUCUAUAAAGGUCCGUAUAGUUAAAGCUAUGGUUUUCCCAGUAGUGAUGUAUGGAAGUGAGAGCUGGACCAUAAAGAAGGCUGAUCGCCAAAUAAUUGAUGCUUUUGAAUUAUGGUGCUGGAGGAGACUCUUGAGAGUCCCAUGGACUGCAAGAAGAUCAAACGUAUCCAUUCUGAAGGAAAUCAGCCCUGAGUGCUCACUGGAAGGACAGAUCCUGAAGCUGAGGCUCCAAUACUUUGGCCACCUCAUGAGAAGAGAAGACUCCCUGGAAAAGACCCUGAUGCUGGGAAAGAUGGAGGGCACAAGGAGAAGGGGACGACAGAGGACGAGAUGGUUGGACAGUGCUUAACGGUUGCCAUUAAUUUGAUUUUAAUUAAUUUUUAUAAUGAAAUGUUUUAGAAUGUUUGAUUAUUUGAUUGUUUGAUUAUUUGAUUGUUGUUAGCCACCCUGAGCCUGGCUUUGGCUGGGGAGGGCGGGAUAUAAAUAAAAUUUAUUAUUAUUAUUAUUAUUAUUAUUAUUAUUAUUAGUGUUCUCAAAGCUACAAACAUGAGUCUGACCAAACUGCGGGAGGCAGUGGAAGACAGGAGUGCUUGGCGUGCUCUGGUCCAUGGAGUCACGAAGAGGCGGACACGACUAAACGACCAAACAACAACAACCUAUCAUUCAAGUCAAUUUCAGACAUAAUUACGAAUUCACAAUAAAAAUCAAACCAGCAAGUAGUCAAAGUGGUGAUUCAGGUUUGUUUGUCUUUUGGGGUGUGUUUUUUGGUGGUAGUUAUGGUUUUGCGGGGGAGGAGGCAGGGUUGGCCCCAUUUUGGCACCUGGGAGAACCACAAAAGGAAAGCCCUUCCUUCCCACCAGGGGAAAAGGGGUGAGCGAAGAUCCGCAUCAGGAACAACGGUGUGAACGCAGGGCGGCGGUGCCUUUGCGGGGGGCCGCUCCAGCAAGUUCCUUCGCAAUAAACCCGUCUCCAUCCCCUCGCAUGAAAGCACGUCUGACCGAAGUCCCACGGAGCCAGCAAAACAACAUUUCCCAGUAGCCCCCAUGGGGGAAGGCGGUGUUAAUCUUCCGUCAAGGCGCCGAAACGCCCUCUGGGAAAUGUAGUUUUCUUACUUACGUUCCGUUUAGAACGCACAGGCUGCGUACCCCGAGAAGCUUAUUUGCCGGGCGAACAGAGCGCCUUCCGAGUGUGGUGCAUGCUGGGAUUUUUUUCUUUUUGUUUUUUCUCUCCCUGCCUCGCGGUUUCUGUGGGAAAUGUAGUCCUAAGCCCGGGCACUGAGGCGGCAGGGAUAGCCCGAGUGGACUUGCUUUCCCAUGAUGCUCCGCGGCACACCCGCUGUUGUGACCGGAAUUAGCUUUAGUAAGAUGGCGGCGAUGUUGGCGGCGCAGUGAGUUGCUGGUAACGUCGGUAAGGGCUACAGGUGAGGCGCACCCGCUUGUCCCCCGGCCACCGUCGGUGUUUCCAGCGACUGCAAGUAGGGAAGGCUAUCGAAGACGAAGGGCAGCCGCUGGAGGCAGAAGGGCUGCCGGCUUCAGGUCAGCGGUAGUUGCGGGCGCCUCACGCCGUCGCUUCCCUCGCCUUGGUUUGUUUCCAGACGCUCAGCCCUGACGGGGAUGGUGCCAGAAUAAACACAGAGGUUUGUGCACCAGGGUUCGUGGGAGGAAGAGACGUUGUUGCUGUUUGUUUGUUAAAUUUGUAUCCUGCUUUUCCUCCCCAUUUUAUCCUGACAACAACCCUGUGAGGUAGGCUAGGCCGAGAGUGUGUGACUUGGCCCAAGGUCACCCUGUGAGCUUCAUCACCAAGUGGGGAUUUGAACUCUGGCCUCCUAGGACCCGGUCUGGCACUUUAACCCAGGCACAGGCAAACUCCGGCCCUCCAGAUGUUUGGGACUACAGUUCCCAUCAUCCCUAGCUAAUAGGACCAAUGGUCAGGGAUGAUGGGAAUUGUAGUCUCAAACAUCUGGAGGGCCAGAGUUUAACUAUGCCUGCUCUAACCACUACCCCACAUGGGCUCCCAUGCAGAGUGGGGCAUUUCUAGCCUGACUUGAGCUCCACUGUCUUACCUGCUACAACACCAAAGCCCCUCCAGCCCCUUCAGCCCAAAGAUCAAGUAUCUCCCUCCAGCUUUAGGGAGUGAGCUGGGUGAAAGAAUUCGAGAAGAGUGAAGUCUUGAUUGUUCUGUUGAGGUUUGUGCCGAAAUAACUGUGAUUGUCAUUGUGUAUCAUGUGCCACUUUUUCCAACAUAAAAUUUUAUUUUAUGCUCUAUUUUUAUGUUAAAAUAUGUUUUAUUUGUUACAUUUUAUUAUAUCCCACUUUUCUUCCAAAGAGCUCAUAGUAAUAUUUCCUCCCUCUCCCAGCUUUUAUCUUCACAACCAAUUUGUGCAUGACUGAGGGGAGAUAUGAUCCCAGGUCUCCCUUUUUCAUCAGUCAGACACUUUUGCUGCUAUACCAUACAGUCAUAGAACCAGCAUGUGGCUCAUCAGCUGUGAACAUGCAGCAUGCACCUGAUCAUGAAUUUUUAUCAUGCCUAUAUGCAGAAGAACUACUUGUUGUUGGACAUGAUGAUUUUUGUGUGUGCGUGCGCAUGUGUUUUUCCACUACCAGUCUAUAUGAAUUUGAAACAAUUGCUCAUUGGCAGACUUUUAAUUUAUUUCAGUCUAUGUGACAUUUAUAAAUUUGUCCUGAUCAAUUUUUGGGCUUCCCCUCUAAAAACAGGCCAGCUGUGUUAAAACUGGUAGCAAUAGCCUGUUUAAUCAGUAUUUAUUCUAAGAGGACCAUGUUGAGAAUGGAGUAGAAGGCAAUAUGCCAAGACUGCCACCUUCCCAAAAUAGCCUGCCAGCAAAUCCUCUUUCAGAGAUGCUAUCCCCUCCACAGAUUCCUUUUUCAUGUCCAAAUCAGUAACUGGGAGGAGUUCAAGUGGCAUUUCUCUUGGGAAUCAGGUGCUCCAACUGUUGGUCCCUCACCAACUUCCACACCUUGAAAACUUUCUCAGGAUUUUAAGAAUGACAUGAUUGGUGUAUAAUGCGAGGAGUGAGAUUUCUGAUUCUUAAUUAAGCUAUAUCCACAGACAGUUGGGGGCAAUUCCAUACUGAAGCAGGUCUCCAAUCCCCCUUCCUCUUCCUAAUAACUUCUGUAUAUUAAUACCAUCAACAAAACUUUUUUAAUCCAGAUGGCUGGGGAAACUGUUGAAAAGAGAGAGAGAGAUUCUUCACCCCUCAAGGAAGAGCGGAGACGCUCACGUUCAGCUGAACGAGAGCGAGACAGGAAAGGCUCCCCCGUCACAAAGGACAGGAAAAGGCACCGCUCCCGUGAGAGGAGGAGAGGCAGUCGAUCAAGAUCCCGAUCCAGGUCCAAAUCGACUGAGAGGUAAGGCCAGAUUAUAGGUCAAUUUGGUUUGCUGCAAGGAUGAUGAAGGCUAGUCAGCCUUGAGUGUCUUAAGUAAGCAGGGAAUGCUGUUAGCUUCAGCUGUUUUUAUUUGGCUAUUAGUAGGAUUCAACAAUCCAGCACUGAACUAGAUUUUGGACUCAAACCAACAAUUUACCGAGGUAGCAUCCAGUUUCUCAGAGCAGUUACUUUCAAAUGCUUUGGGGGUGGACUUAGUAACAGAGUCACAAUCUAUUCCCAACAGAAAUGGUACUUACAUAAGUUCAAGGACACCCAGUGCAUGUGCUUUGUAGACAUACUGUUCUGCAUCCCUUGUUACACUGGGGCUAGGUAGUCGGUAUUGUUGGUUUUGAAAUAAAAAAUGGGUACAAAGUUUUCCUAAACUACACUGAUAGAGCUUGGUUUCUAAGACUUGCAAACACUGUGCGUGCUAAACAGACUACAGUGUAUCACUUUACUUAAUAUAACGCAUCUGCUUUCUUUGGGGAAGGGAGCUUGUGAGACAAUGCAAGUUAGUGAAGCCCAACCAAUGAAAAUGUUGCUCUGUCCUAAUUCUCUCCUGAAUUUGAGCUGUGGAUAAUCUUUUUUUUUUUUUUUUCAUUUUCAUUUUUAAGAAAGAAAAUGGAGGUUCUUAUGAUGCUAAAUUCAGUGCUCUGUGCCAAAUUCAGCACUUCAGAGGCACUGUUGCAGAGUUACAUCCACUCAGUCUUGAUUACAUUUAUUGUCAAUUUCUAUGCCUUUCCAGGUCUGCUGUACAGAUAAACCACAGCUGUACCCUUUAUAUAAAGGCUGAGUUGAUGGGUGUGAGCAAAACAUAAAGGGACUAUAUCUAUAGGAGGAUGCUAAUUUAAUUUGGUGGGAUUGAACAGUUUCUACAGUUGGUUGGUUGAUUUCUAUUGAUUCAGGUUUCUGCUGUCUGAUGGAAGGGGUGGCUUGAUCUGUGUGCAUUGAAAUCAGUUAUUCGCAUGUAAACCAUUUGUUUGUAGAGAGCGACGAUAUAAAGAGCGGGAGCGAGACAAAGAGCGGGAGCGCAGCAAGAAGGACCGGGAUCGUGAGAAAGAUGGGCACCGGAGGGACAAGGACCGCAAACGGUCCAGGUAAAACACUGUUUCCUAGACAAUGAAUGCAGUUACUUCUGAGGUGUCGCAGCUGUUGUGGAAUAUAGCAUUGUUUCAUGGGUAGCUGGGGUAGAAACAUGAUGAAAAAGUUACCUACAAUUUCACCAUUUUAGCUUUAUGUUUGGAUUUAUUGAGAAGUUUCAUCUAAAUUCUUGGGUUAACAGGUUACUAUUAUGGGAAUUGGGCUCAAGGUACAAGGCCUAGGUUGUUGUUGAAAGGGCAGUAGCAUCUACAGUUACCAUGAGUGACUGGUGCUGAGGAUUUGUUCAAUAGAUUUAUUUAGAUUUGGAUAUAUUUAAAUAUUUAUAAUCCAUACUUUCAUGAAGUAGAUCAGAAUGGUGGGUAACAUACCAAAUAUAAUAAAAUCAGUAAAGUAGUCCAUAAAAACAUCAGUGAAACAUCAGCAGAUACUAGUUGGUUAAAAAGAGAAAUGCAUAUUUCAAAGGCCUGUCUAAAUAAUUGAAGACGUCUAAAAGAAGGGAGGGAAAGUUCCUGCUGAACCUCUACUGGUAGGGAGUUCCACAGGGCAGGGCUUGCCACACUAAAGGAAUGGUCCGUCAUUGAGGCCAGCUGAACCUGAGGGACUGAACCUAGAUCCACCCAGUGAAAUGGGGUAACCCCAACUCCUGACUCUUCUAUCCCUCUGGCACAGGAGCUCCUCUCCAAGUCGGAACAAAGACUCCAAAUCCAGAAAGGACAGAGAUUCUCGCAGAGAUGAUGAUGAUGAUUCAUUGUCAAAGAAGGAGAAGGUAACUGCAUGUACCUUCUAGAUGUCCAGUGCUUGUUCGGUUCUCUGUAACAUGUACAGUUAAGCUGGGUGGGUUUGAAUUCCCCACAGCACCCUGAUGCUUUUAAUUUGAGACCUCUUUUUAUUAAAAAUUACAAGUCCAUGUAUAUUUUUCAAAGUGUGUUUCUAGGAUGGCAUAGAUAACCUUUUUUUGGUUGAAAGGCCUUAUACUAUAAAUCUCUGGUAUGUUUCUGUUCUCUACUUCUUUAUAUAUCUCUGGAAAGUGCUUACUGUGAGAUGAAACGGCAGCUCUUCUCGAUUAAUCAGGCUACUUAAAAACAGUUUUUUACAUUCUCUUUCAACCUUGCUCCUUUGGAACUUUAUAGCAUAGCACUUUUUCCAUACAGCCAAAAGUAUAGACCCCACAGCUUCAGUGAUAGCAAUUCCUACUUUUUGGGUUUCUCUGUCCCACCCCACUCACCUCCACCCCUGAUUUUAACAUGCACUUAUUUUGUUCACAGGCCCAGCCACUUUCUCUGGAGGAGCUGCUGGCCAAGAAGAAAGCUGAGGAAGAGGCUGAAGCCAAGGUAAGAGCAUGGGGGCAUGCCUCCACUUUCUUUUUCCCUACCUACCAAUUCCAUUUUUGCCCGGGUGAGGCCAGCAGGUGGGUGUAUUGGAUUACAGCAAGCUGUGUGUGUCUAAAGCUGUGCUUUGCUUCCUGGCAUCUUCAGCAAUACUUGAUGAGGGAAGUACACAAGAUUUCCUUGCACGCUCAACAUCUUGCUCUGAUUUCUUGCAGCCGAAGUUCCUUUCCAAGGCAGAACGAGAGGCCGAGGCCUUGAAGCGACGGCAGCAGGAGGUGGAGGAGCGGCAGCGGCUCAUAGAAGAGGAGAGGAAAAAGAGAAAACAUUUCCAGGAAAUGGGGAGGAAGAUGCUAGGUAAAGAUUACCUCUCAGGAGAUCAUCAGGUACAGUGGUACCUUGGAAGUUGAACAGAAUCCGUUCCAGAAGUCCGUUCGACUUCCAAGACGUUUGGAAACCAAGGCACGGCUUCCAGUUGGCUGCAGGAAGCUCCUGCAGCCAAUCGGAAGUCAUGUCGGACAUUCGGGUUCCAAGGAACAUUCACAAACCGGAACACUCACUUCCGGGUUUGUGGCGUUCAGGAGCCAAAGCGUUCGACUCGCAAGGCAUUCAGGAUCCAAGGUACAACUGUAUUCAGCUUCAGGGGCAUGAUGUGAUUCCCUGCUCUGAGCUUGUGUCCUGAUGCCACGUUUCCUGACAUUCUGCCAUUUACUACAGAAGACCCCCAGGAGAGGGAGCGGCGUGAGCGGAGAGAGCGCAUGGAACGAGAGACCAAUGGCAAUGAAGAUGAGGAAGGGCGGCAAAAAAUCCGUGAGGAGAAAGAUAAGAGUAAGGAACUACAUGCCAUCAAGGUAAUGCUAGGCCAUUUCAUUUUCUCUCUGUAAGAAGUAUAGAGAUGAGGAUUAAUGGGUUUGAGCAAGGGGCUGGCAUAGGAUAGUAUCUUUGAUGUGCAUCCAAGUGGCUGAAGUUGAACUCAUUGAUCAAUUUAAUGCAAUCAUACCAGUUUUUUGAGUGAAUCAUCACAGUUUUCUAUGUCCUGAAAAAUAUAUUAUUGGUGUGGGUUGAUUGUCACAGUAGACCCACUCACAAAAUCAACCUGACAGUGCCAACGUACUUUCAACCUCCCAAAAAGCCAGCUUUAGAAAAUGGUCUGUAAAAUUGUUUGAUCACUUUUCCUCACUCAUUUCUUGUCCUUUACAUGACUUCAUAACCUUAAGGCUAGGCUACUGUAAUGACUUUUCUUUGGGGGUUCCUGAGUUUUUGAAAUGUACACCUGAAGAAGAAAGCAACAGCCCAGUUCUUAACAGGAACACAUCUUCAGACACAGCUGUUUGGAGUUUUCAGCAUUGGAAUAGAAGGCUUUUUCCCCCCUUUGCUUUGCUGCGGCAAAACUGGGCCGAGAUCAGAACCUAUGCAAAUUCAUUCUUCCUGCUUUUUCCUGGGUCUUUGUUCCCAAGGUCCAAUGAUGAUACACAUGUUUUCUGGGCUGGGAAUGAAACGGAUGAUCUGGAUAUGAGCCCAAGUGAGCAAAAAGCUGAUUUGGGAACCAAUGCAGAGUCUGAACUGUUAGCCGGGGUGUCCCUAGUUCAGAUUGCACUUCUGUCACUACAGGGCCUUAGGGAAACUCUUGUCUUGUCAGCCUCAGGCACGUAUCAGAAAUAUGAGGAAUAAUAAUACUGACCCACCUUACAGGGCUGUCAUAUAUGAAGCGUCUGGAAAACUUAAAAAGAGCAGCAUACGUGUUUAUUGUAAUUGUGAUCCAACCGGUGUGUGAAUUGGAUUAUAGCAAGCUUUAAGGUAUAUUUUGCUCCUUAGCGUGUUCAGCAACAAUCCUUGUCUCUUCGCAGUCAGACUGAAUUGCAAAGGGAGGCACAUAGAGUUUCCUUGCAAACUUCCUUUGUGUUUCAUUGGGAAAUGUUGUCUUGUUUUUCCUUUGGAAAAGUCUGAGAGGGCAUGAACUGAAAUAAAUACCCAUGUCCCCUUAGGAGCGGUACUUGGGUGGGGUCAAGAAGCGGAGACGUACUCGGCAUCUGAAUGACCGCAAAUUUGUCUUUGAGUGGGAUGCUUCCGAAGACACUUCCAUUGACUACAAUCCUCUGUGAGUAUUGCUGUGGGAGGCAGGUUCCGUAUGGGAUGCUAUGGGUGUCCGCAGAGCCAUAUAUCUAUCCUUGCUCCUAGGAACAAUCUGAAAAUCCCAUUUCCUCCUUAGCCGGUAUAGCUGACACAAAUGAACCAGGAAUAUUCCCAUCCCUGUGAGAGGAAGAUGACUAGAGGUCUGGGAUUUGGGAUUUGUAGAAAAACUACAUCCUUGUACCCUAAAAAUACAAAUUCUCACAUGGCAGUGAGUUGUGCAAAUUAAGUGGGCUUGUGGAAAAAAUUGAGAUGGGGUUCUGGGAGUUCCUAACCAGAUUCUAACCACCUACAGUUUGGAGUGUAUACAGUACCAUCUGACAUUCUGUUCAACAGGUACAAGGAGCGACAUCAGGUUCAGCUGCUGGGACGUGGCUUCAUUGCUGGCAUUGACUUGAAACAGCAGAAGCGGGAGCAGUCGCGUUUUUAUGGAGACCUGAUGGAGAAGCGGCGCACGCUGGAGGAGAAAGAGCAAGAAGAGUAAGUUACAGGAAGGGAGGCAGGUGCUGGUGUUGUGAAGUUCAUGAUGACAUUUCUCCAGCUGAUGAGGGAACAGUUAACUUUUGUGGUUUUGCGUUCAGGUGGAUAUGGGAAGACAUUCUGUGCUUUCAUCACAUGUACAAGGAUUGGUGGGUUGUUGUUUUUUUCAAUUCAACCAACCAAAACUCUCUGACAGGGAAAGUCCGACUCUUAAGAGUUCAUUGUGAGGAGUGUAAAUCAUGAAAAUUGUUCAAAUUAUAUGCAUACUCUAUUAAUAGAUCAAAUCCAUUGUUGGGUUUUUUAGCCACACAUGCCAUUCAGCAUCUACAGAAGUAAUGAAUAGGUUACUUGAGCCAGCUUGUGCUCACCAGUUUUCUUUUCUGGCUAGAGUUUUGUGCUUUUAGCAGUGGGGCUUGCUAAACCUCGCCACGGUGGCAAAAAGUGGCGGCAGUCUGCAAGUUCUCCUGGCGGUAGUAGGAGGCAGUGGCAGAAGCUGUGGCAGCCUGCCUCAGUGAGGCCUUGCAGGCUGCCACUACUAUUGCUGCCACUGCAAGGCCUUGCAGGCAACCAUUACUGCCACUACCAUGACAAGGCCUUUGCAGGCUGCCACCACUUCUGCCCCCCGGCCUUUGCUGAUUCUACUGCUGCCAGGCUGCUGCCACUGCUGCUGCUUAGUGGGCAUGCUGGCAGUCUGGCACUCCCAGAUUAUUUGUAUUCACUAUGACUCAUUGCCGUGCUGUGGAUUGUCCUGAAUACCACCAUUGGGUAGUCAAACCCAAAACUAAAAGUCCUGUUUGGAUGCAUUUUGCCUUGACUGAUUAAAGUGAUUAAAUCAGUGAUUAAAGUGACCAUGAGGUGAUUGAUAAUAUUAUCAUUUAUCCGUUUUAGACCCCUAAGUAGCAGCAGUCGCCAGGACAUUGUCAUUUUCGCCUUUGCAUAGUUCCAUGCUUAUUUCAGACAUUGUGGUAGAUUGUGAUGUUUUGCUGGUGAUAACAUUGCAAUGUUUAGCUGGGGAUACAUUGCAAUGUUGAAAACCAGAUAUCGCCUAAUCCUCACACAUACUGUGAUUCAUGAUAUAUUGCCAGGUAAAAUAUUAUGAAACAGUUAUCAUGAUGUGAACGUCUAACCAGUUUUGGACGAUAUCUCAAUAUAUCGCCCAAUCCUAUUCCAGGCAUAGUUAAUAGGUUGCAGUAAGCAAAGUUUUGUGCGAAUGUGGGCAAAUAAGAGCAGCCCUCUUCCAGUUUGCUGGGGUUUUUCUUUGCUUUUGUCUUCUACCAUUUUGGCCUGCCUAUUCUGACCCUGUUGGGCUCUUCCUUCUUCGUAGGGCACGUCUGCGCAAGCUGCGUAAAAAGGAGGCCAAGCAACGCUGGGAUGACAGGCAUUGGUCUCAAAAGAAACUGGAUGAGAUGACAGACAGGGAUUGGCGUAUCUUCCGGGAGGACUACAGCAUCACCACCAAAGGAGGCAAGAUCCCCAACCCUAUUCGUUCCUGGAAAGACUCUUCGCUGCCCCCUCACAUCUUGGAGGUCAUUGACAAAUGCGGCUACAAGGUGAGAUGCAGGUCACUUCAUAAAGAUGGAUUGGCCCUUCUGCUAACCAUUGAAACUUCAGUUUAUUUUGAGAGACUGUAUAAGUGCAUAUUUUAAAUCCUGUUUUAAAAUAUAAAAGUUUAUAUUUUAAGAUGAUCAUUUUUUUAAAAAUCAUCAUUUAGUUUAUGGGGGUGGGUGUUGUUGAACAGGGACUGAGCAGCAUGACUUCUGGAGAUCAGCUUUGUUCUUGAAAGGCCAUAUUGUUUUGGAUGUUGAGGAGGGCUAAGAGUCAGGAUUCCUGGUUCUGUUGCUGACUGCUUGAAUUCCCUUUGAUUCCUCCCAAGAAGUCUAGUGCUUUCCUGAUAGGUUUUAUGCCCCGUUUUCCACAGGAACCAACUCCUAUUCAGCGUCAAGCCAUUCCUAUUGGUCUGCAGAACCGUGACAUCAUUGGCGUGGCAGAAACUGGCAGUGGUAAAACAGCUGCCUUCCUUAUCCCAUUGCUGGUGUGGAUCACAACACUUCCCAAGAUUGACAGGUGAGGGAGGGAGUGAUGGGUGCUGCGGCAGGUUAGGCCUCUUUUCCAGAGGGGGGGGAAUGAAAUGGACAUUGGAGGGUCCUGGUUUGGGUCUGGGUCCAAUGCUCACAUGCAAAUGAUUCUUCAACACCACGGUUUGCACUGGUGCUCUCAACCGCCAGGCAUUCUUCUGUGAGGGAGUGAUAUUUAUCUAAUACCACACAUCAAGUACAGUGGUACCUUGGUUCUUGAACUUAAUCCUUUCCGGGAGUCUAUUCAACUCCCGAAAACAUUUGAAAACCAAGGUGCGGCUUCUGAUUGGCUGCAGGAGCUUCCUGCACUCAAUCGGAAGCCGCAUUGGAUGUUUGGCUUCCAAAAAGCAUUCACAAACCGGAACACUUCCGGGUUUGUGGCGUUCAGGAGCCAAUUUGUUCAGGAACCAAGGUACCGCUGUAAUCUGUUUGGGAAGCCUUUGUAACCCCCCUAAUAUUUCAGUAACUUUUGGUGGCAAAGCUCAGAAUUGUGCUAGUCACUUCUCACCCCUGUUUUUGUGUGUAUAUGAGAAUGAGUGAGAGGUGGGGAGAUGAGGAUUUUUCUCCCAUGGUAAAGCCAUUGCUUCCAGGUGUGCAGCUUUGAGUGAGCAGGACCACAGUCAUGGCGUGAUAACAAACAUAAGAAUUGCUUUGCUCACAUUGACAAAAAAAAGUCCAUCUUGUCCAGCAAUGCUGUUUCCAUCAGUGGCUACCCGGAGACUUCUGGGAAGCUCACAAACUAACCAUGCUGGAGAUAAGCCAAAUCACCAUGGACAGAUGGCCCCACCCCUGUGUGCCCUGCAGGGACUUCCUUGCAGCUUUUGUUGUGCUCCGGCUGUGUAAAGACCUGAAUGGCUGGUGUCAACUUAUGAACAUAGAAAACUGCCUUGUUUGGAGUCAAACCAUUGGUCCAUCUACCUCAGCAUUGUCUACACUGACUGGCAGUGGCUCUCCAGGGUUUCAGGCAGGUUUCUCCCAGCCCCACCUGGAGUUGCCAGGGAUUGAACCUGCGACUUUCUGCAUGCAAGGCAUGUGCUGCACCGCUAAGCCAGGGGUAGGCAACCUAAGGCCCAUGGGCCACAAGCGGGGGUCAUUUAACCAGCCCGCAAGCCACCCCCGAACUGAGCCGCCCACUCGGCAAGUCCCCACACGCUGCCCUAAACUAGCACAGUGCAGCGCAGGGACUCGCUUCCGCGGUGCUGAAAAUCGUGUCUGCGCAUGCGCAGACGCCGAGAACAUGUCUGCACAGACGCAGGCACCAGAAAUUGCGUCUACGCAGACGCCGGAAAUCAUGGGUGUGCAUGCAAUCCGGCGCACGGAGGAAUCUCCGCUGGAGUGAACCGGCCCAGGCGAGGUAAACCUUGCUGACCCCUGCACUAAACGAUGACCCUUCCCCAGAAACCGUGGCUUCUAGGUGAGCUUGAAAUAAUCUGGUUCAGUUGGAACCCAUUUACUUCACUGGGUUGACACUUGGGGGGGGGGCUUGUUUCCCCUCCGCCAAAAAGAAAUCACAUGGCGCCCACCCUUACUUAAUUUUGUUUCAGUGGUAGUCAGUAGAUCAAGGUCACAAAUGUAUACAUUUCUCACAGUCCAAUCUAGCAGGCGGAAACCUGGGGCAUUCAUUGGUUGGAAUCCUGCCUUUGCUCCGAAGUCUCAUAGGCCAGAGAGGGAUGGUUUCACCCUGUCUGCUUCAACUCAGCGUGUGUUUUUUGUUCACUGCAGGAUUGAGGAGUCGGAUCAGGGACCCUAUGCCGUCAUCCUGGCUCCCACCCGUGAGCUGGCCCAGCAGAUUGAGGAAGAGACCAUCAAAUUUGGAAAGCCCCUGGGCAUCCGCACAGUGGCUGUUAUUGGUGGCAUCUCACGUGAGGAUCAAGGCUUCCGCCUGCGCAUGGGUUGUGAGGUGAGAGGUGCACCCUUCUGCAUUAAAAGUUAGGGUGGGUGGUCUGUAAGGGCCGCAGUCAAUGCUGCUGCUGCUGACACAACCAACUUCUCAUCCUGCAAUGGAGCUGCUUCUUCCUCUACUAUAUCCCCCUGCACACCCUCAAAAUCAGUUCCAGAGGGUAGGGGGAGACGUUAGAGUAGAUUUUAGGGGUACACAGUGGGAGGAGAGGAAAUGGAAAUCCUGUUGUACCAGCAGAACACUCUUGGCAUAUUGCUGGCUACAACCCUAAAUGUUCACUUUGUGCAUUAGCACAGUGCUCCUGUGAGUGAUAAAUGAUGACACCCAAUCAUAGCUUAAUAUCCUCUUAACAUCUGGCCUGGCUCACCUUCCUUGCCUGGAUAGUACAUUGGGAAAUGUUGCACUGUUUCUUGAGUUCAUCAGGGAAGGAUGGAGAAAAGUUGUAUGGACACAGGUUGCAAGGGUCAUUUCCACCUCCAUGUAUCUGCUCUCUCUCGCUGAAUGCCACAGAUUGUGAUUGCUACACCGGGCCGUCUGAUCGACGUUUUGGAGAACCGUUACCUGGUGCUGAGCCGCUGCACCUAUGUAGUACUGGAUGAGGCUGACCGCAUGAUUGACAUGGGCUUCGAGCCUGAUGUGCAGAAGAUCCUGGAGCACAUACCUGUCACUAACCAGAAACCAGAUACGGACGAGGCUGAAGACCCUGAAAAGAUGUUGGCCAACUUUGAGUUGGGCAAGCACAAAUAUCGGCAGGUUAGUGGGGUUUGGAUGCCUUGCUGUCACAUCUGGUGUAUUAACUUGUAAAAAGCAAAGCACUGGGGUUCAAGUUCCACCCUUUGACCCAAACACUCUUCCUUUAAUCUGACCCGGUUAGCAAUGUUUUUAAAUCCACAUGAGAAAUAAGGCACUUUUUUUGAAGGGAUGGAGGGUGUGGUUGGUGGCUGCUUAUGGGCAGGGAGAUGCUUUUAUCUGAAAGCUGUUUCUUAGGAAACCAUGUUCAUUCCAGAGGGCAGUAGCCCACUAAACAGCACAAAGACUUUUAGUUGUGCAAUGGAGCUUCCUUGUCUGCUCCUCUCUCCCCAUAUGCCCCCUGUGUGCACUGUAAAACUCUUCUGGGGGUUACCGCUAUCCUCCAGAGCUGAUUUACAGGAUGUGUAGGGAGAGGAGAGGGCCCUGAGACCUCCGGGUAUAGGGCUGUAUAUUAUUAUUAUUAUUAUUAUUAUUAUUAUUUAAUAACAAUAAUAGAUAGAUAGUCCUUGUGCUAAUGGAACUGAUCAUUUGGGUUCCACCCAGAGUUCAGAUUCAUAGGCACAAAAGAUGAGGCGGUUAAGAGGAUGGUUGAUGUUAGUGGCCAUUCCCUUUUCCGUGGAACAUACUGAGUGCUUGAAAGUGUGCUUUGAGAGGGAGCGAGGCAGAACAAGGAGAACAUUUAAGCUUGGGCACCAUUCACAGUAAAAAAAAAAACCCAACUUACCAGCCAGAAGUGGUAAAAUGGUAGGAUUAGAUGCCCUUUGCAGGGUGAAGGGUUCAUUGAUUUCCUUUAUUUCUAGCUAAAAUACCGCAAAUGGAAGUGUGGAGACUUGUUUUAGCUAUGAUUGGAGGUAACUUUCUUAAUAAAAGAGCUCUCUUUGUACAUAUUUCCUGCAAUGUGAUAUUUGUGAAAAUGCAUUCCUCCCCUUUUCUGCUUAAAUUGGAGGAGUUCCAUUAUGUGGGAGGAGAGGCAGGCUGCCUUGCACUCAUGCUCUCUCUUCUCUCCCCCGCCCGCACCUGCAGACUGUGAUGUUCACAGCCACCAUGCCCCCUGCUGUGGAGCGCCUGGCCCGCAGUUACCUGCGCCGCCCAGCGGUGGUCUACAUUGGCUCUGCUGGCAAGCCACAUGAGCGUGUGGAGCAGAAGGUCUUCCUCAUGUCAGAGUCGGAGAAGAGGUAACCGCUGGUGUGGGAGGUUGCGUCAAGGGGCUUGGUUCCUCUAGUUCAAAAGAGGUAACGGGAGCCUUUGAGGUUUGGGCCCUCAGGUGUGGUAGGCAUAGAACAUAGAACUGUUUGUUUUGAUUGGCACAGGGCUCUGUGCUUAAAAGGAGAACCCUUUGCAGAGGCAAUUCACAUCCAUUUUAUGCUUUUAUCUUCGCUCCUUCCAAAUUGUGGCAUAAGCACAUUUCUGGCUAUGAAGUAAAGCCUCAACCCAAACAUGGGGCUUCAGCCGUAAUGUAAUUUCCAGAGAUGGGCUACGUGGAAUGAGCCAGCAUUCCUCAUGACUUGAACCAUGAAACAGUUCCCAAAUUACUCAAGCAGAGUGGGUGGAGGUCCAAAGGAACCAUGUACCCUCUUGUCGGGAAACUGAAAAUACCAAUGACUUGAAACGUGUGGAGAGAAACAUGGUCUUGCAGUUACCUGUGGGGUGGGAUCAGUGGGUCAGGAUAACAACCAGUGCAUCCUUUCCUUGGUGUGAGUGCAGAAAAGAGAACGUGGCAUGUGGCUUAGAGUUGCGGAGGGACCCCAGAGUAUCAUUCAGUCCAGCCCCCCCCCCAUAUGCUUACUUGAAUCUGGGUGCACCUUUUAGUUACGUGUUACAGGUUCUAGCCCUCCUUUCUGCCAAGGAGCUCAAGGCUGUACACAUGGUUUCCCCUGCCCAGUGUUAGUAGUGUUGUUUCUGGAUGUCAUGGUACUGAACUGUUCCAAAUGAUAAUACAGAGAUGAGGCAUGUCUUUGGCACGGAUGGUUAGAUAUGUGUGCCAGAGGGCAGGGGUGCAACGUAACAUUUCUGCUGAACAGAUUACAUCUUCAGACCCCGCCAACGUGCCUCACCUGUUUGCUUCUCCUCUCCUUUCCCCUGUACAGGAAGAAACUGCUGAACAUUUUGGAGCAGGGCUUUGACCCACCCAUCAUCAUCUUUGUGAACCAGAAGAAGGGCUGUGAUGUGCUGGCUAAAUCCCUGGAGAAGAUGGGGGUAAGUGGUAAUCUAAAGAACUGUAAGAUCAAGAACUGCAGGUCCUGUGUCCAAGUAUUUGAGGCCCAUGUGAGGUUAGCUAGCCUAUUUUUUAGGCUCUCGGAAUUGGCGUCCUUGUGUCCUUUGUCAAACUUUGGGAAGAUACGUAGGUGUUUUCUCUCACACUAUCAGCAAAUUAUCAGAAUAAUGUGGUGUAGCUGUUGAGCUUAUGGCAGCUGGUAAGACAUUUUCUGGCUGACUUCUGAGCCCUGAAUUGGCAGAGUUCAGUGCUCAUUCUUGGUCUAGCAGUUGCCAUUCCCCCCCACCCCACAAGCCCCUUGCAAGGUAAUCAACAUCUCUUGGUAUUCACCAGGAAUGUCUGGGAAUGAUGGAGCACUCUGCCCCUGUGUCUCCUCUUGAAACACUUGGCUGUCUUUGUCUCUGGAGGAAUUGUUGCUUGUUCAUUGCCUUCUUGUUACUGUCCUCAUUGCCCAAACAAACAUCUGGCUCUCCCAUCUCUGCAGUACAAUGCCUGUACCCUUCAUGGCGGCAAAGGUCAGGAGCAGCGAGAGUUUGCCCUCUCCAACUUGAAGGCUGGGGCCAAGGAUAUUCUGGUGGCCACAGAUGUGGCUGGACGUGGUAUCGACAUCCAUGAUGUGUCCAUGGUGGUGAACUACGACAUGGCCAAGAACAUUGAAGGUGAGCUGUCCAGUGCUCUCUGCCUUUCUAUAGAGAUCUUCUGGGCACUUCCUUGGUCUUAGAACAGAAACCUUUGUGCCUGUGAGGCAUGGCUUCAGCAAUUUGGGCCACCGAACAGGAGAGGCGGGGUGGCCGUGGUUGGCAUGCUGUGCUGCUGAAGUCACAAAGUUGAUGUAGGUCCUUCUAAUUUCACGUCUGGGAGUUGGCAGUGUGUAGUCACAAAGUGCACAAGUUAGGAAGUCUGGGUCAAAUCUUGUCUCUGCUGCUUUGGGCAAGCCCUUCUGCCUCAGCCUCCUCUGCAAUAUGGAGUUGUUAGUGAUGGCCUACCUUUUUCUAGGACUGUUGUAAGGAUUAAUGUGAUGUAUGAAGUGCUUUGAACACUGAAAUUCUAUACUGAUACUUCAUCUUCAUUUUCAUCUUUAAUGACUUAUCUCUAACUGUUAAGGGGUGAUAGAUUCAGGCAGGUAGUCGUGUUGAUCUGAUGCAGUAGAAAUAUAUUUUUAAAAAAUUAAAAUUGUCCAGUAGCACCUUAGAGACCAACUAAGUUUGUUCUUGGUAUGAGCUUUCGUGUGCGGAGACACACACACACACACACACACACACACACACACACACAUAUAUAUAACAGAAUAUAGAUAGAUAGAUAGAUAGAUAGAUAGAUAGAUAGAUAGAUAGAUAUAUUCUGUUAAGGAGUGGUCAGUCUCUGUCCUUGACCCUGUAGUAUGAGCCAUCAUUUAGAUUUCCCAUCCAGCACCAAAGGUUAGCCACAUUUUAACACCUUCCUUCCUCCUUGCUUACAGAUUAUAUUCACCGCAUUGGCCGAACAGGACGAGCUGGCAAGAGUGGUGUAGCCAUCUCUUUUGUCACCAAGGAGGACUCUGCUGUCUUCUAUGACCUUAAGCAGGCUAUCCUUGAGAGUCCGGUGUCUUCAUGCCCUCCAGAACUGGCCAACCACCCAGAUGCACAGCACAAGCCGGGAACCAUCCUUACCAAGAAGCGGCGGGAAGAGACUAUCUUUGCCUGA